GACAGACCUAAGUAAGGUAUAUCUUAAACUGUUACAUACAAGCGCUAGUGGUGAAUUUUUCAGCUUUUUAAUAGUGAUUUCGGAAGACACUUUUUCAUGAUUUGUUGGGCCACGGUCUUAGAAUGAUUGGGCAACCAAUAACCAUUCUUAUGCUCUUGUGUGGUCUUGUUAUCAAUUCGGCGCGCCAUGCGCUUUGGCUGCGGCUCAUUCUGUAAUCAGCUGCAGCUGUAUCGGCUAUUCCUGUGAAAUUUGAUUAUCUAAAUUGUGAUAAGUGAAUAUUCAAUAUUGUGAUGGUGACUUAUAGCAAUUUACGAGCGGUAUAUCUGAAUUCUGAGACUCCUCAACAUUUUGAAGUGAUUUUCAACUGGGGUUGGACGUUUAGGACGAAACUCGUUGGCUAACAACGACGGUAGGAUGGAUAUUUCGAUGGAGACAUCAGACCAAGAGACAAUUCCAUUAAAAUCAAAUAGGAAUGUUAGUGCACCGCCUAUUUGUUUUCUUUCUCGGUCACAGCUCACAAGUAUAUCGAAUUUACAUUCAGCAGGAGAAAUUUUGCAUUAUUAAUUUAGAUACUGAAUUCACCGCCCCAUUUAGAACCAACAAUUAUAGGAGAACUUUUUUUCUUCAUAUUCUUCCCCUUAAGAGUAAAUUGACCCACAGUAGAACAUCAAUAUUUCCAAACCUCUGUUAUAUGAACCCCUAUUAUGCAAACAAAUGUCAAAUUAAAUUUACGUAUCCAAACAUCAAUAAGCAUUGUACACGUAAUCAUGUAGACAUGUAGUAAUGUAAAAUAGAUUAAUAUCCCCAGAUGAAAACGAAAUUGCUUUAACAUCUAAAGGUUUAAAAUACAAAGGAAAACAUGAACCUUACCCAAAUUUGAUGCAGCUAGACGACUGUACAAUGGAUGUAUCACUGGUAGUUAAUAACCAAAAAUUAAAUGCCCACAAAAAUGUAUUAGCUUCAAAUAGUGACUAUUUUGAUAGAAUGUUUGACAGUUAUUUCAAAGAACGGUUUCAAGAUAAAAUAGAAAUUAAUAUAACUGAUGUUAGCUUUGAAAUUUUAAGUACACUUGUUCAAUAUUUUUACACAUCAGAAAUAUAUAUCACAGAAAAUAAUGUCCAGGAUCUGUUGAUUAGUUCCAGUAUAUUUUUACUUGAUGACGUCCAAAAUGCAUGUGUAAACUACAUAAAAAAGAUAAUUGAUGCCGAAAAUUGCUUAAAUAUGAAAGAUUUUGCCAAUACUCUCGGAUUAAAUGAUCUUUAUUCUAUGUGCAUGACUUAUAUAAUAAAUAAUUUCAGACUUGUAGCUAACACUAAAGACUUUAUGAAGACUAAUUAUGAUGAAUUAAUGCUAUUAAUCAAGAACGAUGAUUUGUUUGCUAAAGAAGACAUGGUUUAUGACGUUGUUAUGAAUUGGAUAAAAUAUGAUCCAGUUACCAGAUCAAAAUAUUCUUCAGAAUUAUUAUGGUACGUCCGGUUGCCAUUAGUUUUAAAUACUUAUCAAGGAGUCAUAAAGGUUCAUGAGUAUCCAGGUGCUAAAAUAAAUGAACUAAGUUCUUUUCGAAUGGAGCAUCGAAGGCCGUUUAGAAAAGGCAUAUUAGUGUUAAGUCAUUAUCCAUUUGAAUCAACUCCAGAGUGGUAUGAUGCUGCGUUAGAUCAAUGGCAGAAUUGCAUGUGUGAAAAUUGUCUGUGUAAAACCUUUCAAUAUCGCUUAUUACCACCUAAAACUUUAUCUACAGUUAUUUUACUCGAUGAUAGUCGCUUAUUUUCUGCUGGAGGUUCUAGAUAUGGCAUUGGAAUGAAAUCAGCAUAUCUAUUCGAUCUUAAAACAAACAAAUGGAUAUCCUUGAUGGACAUGCAUUUUGAACGUCUUAAACCAUUCAUAGUGCAACUUGGAUCUUAUGUUUAUGUGAUUGGUGGUUGCACCAGUGAAAAACAAGAUGCCAGUGCUAUAGAAUGUUUUGAUUUACAGAGAAAAGAAUGGUCUGUCAUAAAUUGUGAAAUAAACCUAGUUAAGACAUUUAAAAAUAAUAAUUAUGUUGCCUGCGUUAAAGGAUUAAUUUACAUAAUUGGAAUGAAUGAAGCUGGAUAUUAUGACGCUCGUAAUCACAAGUGGAAAUAUAUUGAUCCAAUACCUGAGUUUAAUAAAGGUUCUGCAGUUUGCACAUUAAAUGGCAAUAUCUAUAUAAUCGGUGGUCAGCGCAUGGAAAAUUGUUACAAAAGUGUAUGGGCAUACUGUACGCUAACUGAAGAAUGGGUUUCCUUAUCCGAACUCAAUUACGCUAGAUCGUUUUCUGGUGCUGUAGCAAUGAAUGGUAAUAUUUAUUUAUUUGGAGGAAAAAUGAUAAACACGGCAUAUUCAAAUACAUUUGAAAUAUAUGAUCCUCACAACAACAAAUGGAUAACUUCAAAUGCUUAUAUGAAAAAGGAUCGAUGUCACAUUGAUGCGAUUGUUAUUGAAAAAAAUUCCGAAUUGUUUAAAAAAGUGUUUGAAGAAGGGAAUAAUGCUAUUAUUCAUUAAAAUUGACUGUGAGUUUAAACUCAAUUUAUUUUAAUAAAACUAUAAUUAUUUAGUAUUAUUUAGUGAGGAGUGUAUAGGUUG